UGACAGCGGUGCGGGCUGUGGGAGCGGAUCGCGGCGGAGUUCAGCGUCAAAACACAUUUAUAUUUAAAUAUUUCCGCUGAUUUAUUUAGUUUGUUUGCGCUGGUGAAGGCCUCCUGGAAUCCUCAGCGUGGAAUGGUCGGGUCCCUCACGGCGAAGAGGAAUUUUCCGCUCCAGUCGAAGAGAAGUUUUCCGUUAAUUCCGGGCGCGCGGGAUUUCUGAGGUGUCUGGUGAAGUGACCCUGCCAUGCGUGAAUACAAGCUUGUGGUGCUGGGCUCUGGAGGAGUGGGCAAGUCUGCACUAACAGUACAGUUUGUCCAGGGAAUCUUUGUGGAGAAAUAUGACCCCACAAUAGAAGACUCGUACAGAAAGCAAGUCGAAGUGGAUGGGCAGCAGUGCAUGUUGGAGAUCCUAGAUACAGCAGGCACAGAGCAGUUCACAGCAAUGAGGGACCUGUACAUGAAGAAUGGUCAGGGAUUUGCUCUCGUAUACUCUAUCACAGCACAGUCCACCUUCAAUGACCUGCAGGAUCUACGAGAACAGAUCCUACGGGUAAAGGACACUGAAGAUGUGCCGAUGAUCCUGGUUGGUAAUAAGUGUGAUCUGGAGGAUGAGCGAGUUGUGGGGAAGGAGCAGGGUCAGAAUCUGGCCCGCCAGUGGAACAGCUGUGCCUUUUUAGAGUCUUCAGCCAAAUCAAAGAUCAAUGUCCUUGAUAUCUUUUAUGACUUGGUCAGACAGAUAAAUAGAAAAACACCUGUGGAAAAGAAGAAAGCGAAAAAGAAAUCCAACUGUGCGCUUCUGUAGAGUCCCCUCCCUACAGCAGCUCUGAGCUCGGAGAAUGCUAUAUUGAAGAACUCUUGCCCCAUUUGGAAUGUGCCAGCAUUGCCAUCCUCAGUGAGUGGAGCUGUGCCAGCAGACUGACGAACCUGAAGAAGAACAGCAUGCACAAAGGGAACACGAGGAGUCAUUUCGGUUUGAUUCCAGAAAAUCUGAGGAGAAACCUUCAUUUAGCACAGUUUGAGUAGAACUCAUUUUCAGUAUUCCUCAGGAACACUCCAGCAAAAUAUCUUCCAUAAAUCCGACCAGAAGCUCGCAUCAUUUCAUUCCGAGAACCAACGUCGUUUCAGCAACGGGAAACAAUUUAAUUACCCACAAACACCAUCAGACAGUAUAAGAAAUACAUAUGAAGACAAUGUGUGAAUAUUGCAUAUGGCAGGAGGAAGGAUUUGGUACCAUGAACUGAAUUUUACUGAAGAUUAAAAGCUUUUUUCACUUCCACCUGAACUCAUAACGUUGCCAUGGCUUCAUACCCUCUCCAACACAGAUGGGUGGAAAAAAUAGAAGAAAUAAAAGUUUACCAGUGUUUCUUAUUUCAAACAGCAUGACCACAUCUUUUGAUUUAAAUGUAGAUGUUGUAAACGAAGGCAAGUGAAAGUGUCGCCUCUCCGAAUUUCCAUUCUUGAUAUCAACUGUGUGAACGUUUAUAGACUGAGCUAACAUAAGGUGUAUAUAAACACUGUUCUCCGUUUACAUCCAUGGACAUUUUCAACCGGAUCUUGACCCCUAACCUGUGACUAUUUUGUAUUUAGUCACUUGACUUUCGUAGCUCCAUAGCAUAUUCUAAUAAUUCUUUUUUUUUUUUUUUUUUUUGGACAUGUAAACUAUGGGUGUUUUUAUAGUGAUAAAAGACCAAUUACUAGGUCUCUUGAGGUUUAAUUAUAUUGUACUAUAUCUCCUCUAUCGCUUCUCAUGCGUUUCUGUCGAAGGAUGUUCUGGCUUUUAUGGUUGAUUAAAUUUUAGUAUGUUUUCAUUAUAUCCAAUUGUUUGUAUUAACUUUCAUUUAAACUUUAAUCUUGUUCUGUAUGAAAAUUGUUGAGCAAUCACAGUCAUCAAUUUUUAGAACCGGGUGUCGCAAAAUAAUGACGAAAAUAGCAAAAUCCUAUUGUCACUAUUAAAACACCCUGACCUCUGCA